AGAGCAGCUUCCAGAUACACACCCACUAUCUGGGUGGGAACAGCAGCACUGAACACAUACUAACUCUCUCCAGCAUUCAAAGCUUAUCCUGAGCUCAGUUUGCAGACUGGGGUUUCCCUCAGCACAACCAGGAUGAUCAUAUUCAGCCUGUCCGUUUUGGGAUUUUAUCUUCAGUUUUUCUUCUGUUUUGUCCUCACUCAGACUUCAUUCAUGGACAGUAUUUUCCCAAUCCCUGCAGCCUUCCCAUCCUUUGAGCAAAAGAAACGGAGCAAUAACCGAGUAUGUUGUUUCUUGACUCCUCCUCCACCGCCAAUAUUUCCACCACCGCCAUUCUAUAGAGAGGACAGCAAUACAUUUGAUGACCUGAACUUCCAGAACUCAAAUACAGAGAUUAAGCCACAAAUACCGCUGUGUGUUCCAGGUCCUCCAGGACCAGAAGGACCUCCUGGCCCUCAGGGUCCUAAAGGAUUUCCAGGGACAGCUGGACCAAAAGGAGAAAAGGGUGAAAUUGGCAGGCCAGGAAGAAAGGGCAGAACUGGUUCUCCUGGGGUUCCUGGCAUGCCAGGGCCAAUAGGCCCUCAUGGACCAAUGGGACUGAAAGGGGAAAAAGGUGAUUCAGGGAUGCUGGGCGUGCCAGGGUCAAGAGGACCAGUGGGCUCCAAGGGUUAUCCUGGAAUUAAAGGACAAAAGGGGAUAAAAGGAGAGAUCGGAGAGAAGGGCACCAGAGGUGAAAAGGGUUUUAUGGGACUCCCAGGAAUGCUUGGACAGAAAGGAGAAAUGGGCCCAAACGGAGAAGCAGGGAUUCCAGGAACAAGAGGACCUACAGGAAGGCCAGGAAAACGAGGCAAACAGGGAGAAAAAGGGGAAACAGGUUCCAUAGGAAUAAUGGGGCCCCCUGGUACUACAGGAUCUGCUGGUCCCCCUGGACCUCCAGGACCAGCACACUUAGUAAUUGGACCAAAAGGUGAAAGAGGAACUCCAGGAUCCCCAGGACGAUGUCUCUGUAAAAACUCCCAAUCUGUAAAUACUCAACUGCAUUAUGAUGAUGCCUACAAUGGACACAGUUUUGCCAAGAUAUUUUUGGUUGACAAUCAGGAGGAACUGGAUAAUCUGAAUACUGACAAUGCUUUAGCAUUUAGGAAAGACCUGAAAUCCCUUUAUUUUAGGGAUACAAAUGGAUGGAUGCAGCUUACUCCUUUUCAGACUAUUAAUGGUCCAAGCAACACCUGUGGGGAUGGAAUAGUUCAGCCUGGAGAGGACUGUGAUGAUGGCAAUCUAAUUGUCACUGACAGCUGUAUAAAAUGCAAACGUGCCUAUUGCGGAGAUGGUUAUCGGCAAGAGGGAGUAGAAGAAUGUGAUGGCAAAGAUUUUGGAUAUCAGUCAUGUAGAACAUAUCUGCCAGGAUCAUAUGGACACUUACGGUGCACUAGGUAUUGCUACAUUGACUCUACACAGUGUCGCUAUUUUACAUGAAAAGGGAGAUAAAGUGAUGCCGCACAUACAUCAGGUGCUAUUGUAAAAAAGUUAAAUUCUAAACUGGGCAAUAUACUAUACUUAAAAGUAUGAAUGAAGAACAGAAAUCUACGGCUGAAGGCUUUUUAAGAAUAUGGGAAUUGUUUUGCGUAACUGGAAGAAAUAGGACCACUGCAUCCUGUCUUAAUAAAACAUAUGGUAUUUGCCAGCAUAACUUGUUCUUUACAUGCCUGAGUAUGGAAAAGUUCUUACAGGCAAACACAAAGCUGCUGGGAAAAUCGAAUCUCACUCUACAAGAAAAUAGUAUUAAUAAAACAACAUUACCUCGACUAAGCACUGUUAUUCAUGGAAUAUGAACUUUUCAGGUUUUCUGUUUGAAUUUUUUUCUGCAGACUGUUAUUAACUAAGCACCAAACAUAUCCUGACUUUUGGUGUUUUUAAAGAUUUAACCUCUUAAUCAAAUGUGAAGUUUUAAUGUACUGUAUUGAACCUGCGUUUGUUAUAUUCUCUGUGACAUGAAAGAUAAUGUAAAUGAAAUGUCUCUUCUUGUGAAUUCUAUUGAUCCAGUGUUUCUAGACAAAUGGCAAAAUGGAAAAAUAUAAUAAAAGCCGAGAUGACUUUUCCUGGAGAAGGACACAUACUGGCACAUUCUGGACCACUUACCAUUUUGAUGGUUGAAGUGGGUGAAUAUAAAGUUUCAGACCAAAGACCCUGCAGGCAAGAAUGGAAAGCAGAAAAAAAAUUACACAAACCUGUGCUGAUACUGUUACUGUUCCUUAACCUUUAGGACUUAAUGGCAUGAGUCUAAUGGACAUUGUUUCAGGAUGGGUUAAGAAUGCUAAAAAUAUACGGAAUGAUAAAAUGUUUGUAAAUAGAAUUCCAUCAUAAUCUACAAAGCUUAGCUUCAUUGUUAAAUUAAGUUGCACAUUCUUUUUAAAUAGGUCUAUGUAUUGUGAUGAUACACAGAAUGCUGAUAAACGAUACAUAUGCAUUGUUAUGCUUAGAUAUAUAUAUAUAGAGUAGCUGAAAAGAUGAAUUUGGUUUCAGUGAACAAGUACUGGACAGUAUAGAGCUAUCUUAUGAAAUAUUUAUUUCAGUACCAUUUUUUUGGCAUUUGUCAAGUACACAUGCAACCUAUAACCUUAAUUUAUUAUUUUACCCUUGAGGUUUUACUUAUCUUUUUUAAUAACUGGUUUACUGACCCAGUACUUGUCUUUACUCCUAAUUAUUAUGGUAUUCUGCACAUUCUGAAGUAUAUAUUAUUAUACUGCAGCUACUUAUUUUGGCAUGGCAUUCCCAUUUAGUUAGCAUCCUGAACUAGGUAAACGUUAGAUACUUGCCAGCUCUACAAUUAUUUAUUUGUACUCAGCAGAUGCUGUACACGAGGCAAUGGUCUCCUGGUCUACAUGCUGCCUGCAACCUGAUAACUGAGCAUAUAUUUAUUAAUUAUUAAAUAAUGCAAGAAUACUGAGAACAUUCUAAAUAACAUGCAUAUGUUGCAAGCAGAAUGGAAAUGUAUUAUUUUGCCCCAGUAUGUUUGCUGAUGGUCUUCACAAAUUUGCAAGAGAUUUGUACUUGCGCCUUAAAUAUAGCAUGUAUUUUGUGUCAUGUGACAGCAUUGGAAUGCCAGUCCUAUCUAUGAAUACAUGCCAGGGACGUCAAACAAUUGAUAGAAUAAAAGAUAAAUACAUUUAUUUGUAUAUGUGUAUGUUAAAAUGGUACUAGAAUCUGCUUUAUAUCUGCAUGACCAUGACACUGGAAUUCACAGAUGAAAAUAAAAUUAAUGUCUGCCCUC